AUGAAGUACGUCCUCGUGUCUGGUGGUGUCAUCUCUGGCAUCGGCAAGGGCGUCAUCGCUUCGAGCACGGGUUUGCUCCUCAAGACACUCGGCCUCAAAGUGACGGCCAUCAAGAUAGAUCCCUAUCUCAACUGCGGCACGUUCUCGAGAUCAUCACGGGCAGGUGGACCCAUUGAUAUCUGCUGCGCUCAUCCUGUAGAUGCGGGAACAAUGGGUCCACUCGAGCAUGGGGAAUGUUACGUGCUCGACGACGGCGGUGAGGCAGAUCUCGACCUGGGCAAUUAUGAGCGCUAUCUCGACGUCACCCUCUCUCGUGAGAACAACAUCACGACCGGCAAGGUCUAUAGCAGCGUCAUAGACAAAGAGCGACGCGGUGACUACCUCGGCAAGACCGUCCAAGUCAUCCCUCACAUCACGGACGCCAUACAAGACUGGGUACAGCGGAUAGCAAAGAUUCCGGUCGACGAGACUGGCGAAGAGCCAGACGUCUGCAUCAUUGAGUUGGGAGGCACAGUAGGUGACAUCGAAUCAAUGUCGUUCGUCGAAGCCAUGCGGCAGUUCCAAUUCCGAGUAGGCGCAGAAAACUUCGCGUUGAUACACGUCUCCCUCGUUCCUCUCAUUCAUGGCGAGCAAAAGACCAAGCCCACUCAGGCAGCCAUCAGGGAUCUGCGCGGUGCUGGUCUCACGCCAGACCUGAUCGCUUGCCGAUGCGAGCAACCGCUCGAGCGAUCAGUGACCCAGAAGAUCUCCAUGUUCUGCCACGUUGGCCAAGAGCAAGUCUUGGGCGUGCAUGAUGUCUCCUCGCUAUAUCAUGUUCCAUUGUUACUCAAAGAACAAGGUCUCGUCAGCUUUCUACAGAAACGUCUCAACCUGGCGAGUGUAUCGGUCGGCAAACAGGCCAUAGAUCGAGGUCUCACCCUCAUGACACGCUGGCGUGAACUCACCAUUGCCUACGAUCGAUUGUUCGACAAGGUUUCUAUCGUCCUCGUUGGCAAAUAUACCUCGCUCAAAGACUCGUAUGCGUCCGUUAUCAAAUCGCUCGAGCAUGCUGCCAUGCGAUGCGGCCGAAAAUUGCAACUAGAAUGGAUAGACUCAUCGGAUCUCGAGUCAGACGCCCAGCAUACUCGUCCAAGGGAGUUUCAUGCCGCAUGGCACGCGCUGUGUUCUGCUCAAGGCAUUCUGAUCCCUGGCGGCUUCGGUGUCCGCGGUACGGAAGGCAUGAUCGUCGCCGCACAGUGGGCAAGAGAGAAGGAAGUGCCAUUUCUCGGAAUCUGUCUCGGCUUCCAGAUUGCCGUCAUCGAAUUUGCACGCGCUGUCGUCGGACUCAAAGAUGCAAAUUCGAGUGAACUGGACGAAUCGGUGCAACACCCCGUGAUCAUCUACAUGCCAGAGAUCUCAAAGACUCAUCUUGGCGGCACUAUGCGUCUCGGCUUACGGCCGACUGUGUUCCAGCCCAAUACUCAAUGGUCUGUCAUCAAGAAGCUCUAUGGAAGCGAGGAGACCAUCUGGGAGCGUCACCGACAUCGCUACGAGGUCAAUCCGGCGUAUGUCGAGCAGAUCGAACGCGCGGGACUGAUCUUCACGGGGCGAGACGAAAAGGGCGAGAGGAUGCAAGUGGCGGAGAUCAGAGAUCAUCCCUACUAUGUCGGCAUGCAGGCUCAUCCCGAAUUUUGCACACGUCCCUUGAAUCCCUCGCCCCCCUUUCUUGGCUUCAUUGCCGCUUCUUGUCGAUGCCUAUCCGAGCAGCUGGAACGACAGAAAGGCUACGUUCAACCUCAUCCGGAGCGUCACCUCAAGUUUCCCAGCCCACUUAAUUCGCCUGCAGUGUCAAAGGAUCUCUCGCUGCCGUCGGUGACGAAGAGUGUGAACGGCUUGCAUUUGACAGUCCCUCCCUCGCCGCAAUGA